CAGAACUUCAAAUUUCAAAGUUCAAACCUCUCUUCAUUACAAGAGAAAAAUCAGUGUCUGUGUCUUCUUCUUCUUCCUCUUGUUGUUCUUCAAUGUUCCCAUUCUAAACCAUUUCUUUUAUUACAUAACCGCUUUCUUUCUCUCUCUCUGUCGGUUUUCUUUCCAUGUACCAAUAAAUAAAUAAGAAUCAAAAUGGAAUCUGUUACCUCAGCCCAGAACACCAACCAACCCAAGGAAACACCGUUCCCACUAUUCCCACCUGGAAUCCCAAUCCCUACGACAGCCAUAGAAAAAGCCGUAACGGCCACCACCACCGCCACCAACGUUCCAACGCCGUUUCUCAUAAUACCCAAACACGAACCCGUUGAAGAAUGCACCACCCCCAUCCCUACCUCUAACAAUCAAGACGUCAAACCUAUAUUCCCAAAUGUCCCCCACCGCGAAACCCUACCUGCACCUGUAACUGCACCUGCAACUGCACCUCCUUCAGCCACCUCCUGCGACCCAAGCGACAACGCAAAUGGCCUAUACGAAGAGUUCAACCGAGUCUCUCAGCUCUUCCGUACCGCUUUCGCCGAGCAGCAGCAGCACCAGCUUCGAGCAUCUCAGCAAAUGGAUUCCUCAAACGACCUCGUUUUGGACCCUAAUUCGGGGGCAAUUGUUCCUGUGCCUCCUCCGCAGGAAUACGGGGGUCAUUGGAAUGGAAACGACGCCGCUGGGUACGAGGGUUCUGCUUCGUCUAGCGGGGGGAACAUGACGCUGGCGAAGAGGAACAGGCUGAAGGAGCUUGUGAGGGUAAAAGAUCUGAGUCUGAAGGACCAGCGGCAUUACCGAGAGGUGGUGAGAAGGACGAGGUUGAUCUAUGACUCACUUCGGGUGCUGGCCACGGCGGAGGAGGAGAGGAGGAUGAUGCUGACUGAUUGGAGGAAGGCCAGAGGGGACCUUAGGGCAUCGACUUUGAUGAAAACUUGCGGCCUUUGGCUUAACCGCGACAAGAGGAUUGUCGGCGCCAUCCCUGGGGUUUUUGUUGGGGAUGUGUUCUUAUACAGGAUGGAAUUAUGUGUAGUCGGCCUUCACGGGCAGACGCAGGCCGGAAUUGAUUAUCUUCCGGCGAGUAUGAGCUCCAAUGGUGAGCCAAUUGCCACCAGUGUCAUUGUUUCUGGUGGCUAUGAGGAUGAUAUGGAUGAUGGUGAUGUUAUCAUUUACUCUGGUCAUGGGGGACAGGACAAGCAUUCUAGGCAGGUGUUUCAUCAGAAGUUGGAAGGAGGGAAUUUGGCAUUGGAGAGGAGUAUGCAUUAUGGGAUUGAGGUGAGGGUUAUUCGGGGAUUGCGGUACGACGGAACUGCCACUGCUGCCAGUAAGGUUUAUGUUUAUGAUGGUUUGUAUAGGAUUAUGGAUUGCUGGUUUGAUGUUGGGAAGUCAGGUUUCGGUGUUUAUAAGUAUAAGCUGUUUAGGGUUGAUGGACAGGCUAAGAUGGGUAGUGCUGUUCUUAAGGAGGCUUGUAUGCUUAGGAAGGAUCCAUUGUGUUUUAAGCCUGUGUGUUGUUUGUCUCUUGAUAUUUCGCAUAGGAGGGAGAAUGUUGCGGUUCGGCUUUUUAACGACAUUGAUAAGAGUAAUGAACCGCUUUGUUAUGAGUAUCUUCCGAAGACUAAUUUUCCGCCUAUUGUGUUUCAUCAGACUGGGAAGGCUAUGGGUUGUGAGUGUGUGGAUGGUUGUGUUGAAGGCUGCUUUUGCGCUAUGAAAAAUGGAGGCGAGUUUCCUUAUAAUCAGAGUGGGAUUUUGUUGAGAGGGAAGCCUAUAAUAUUUGAAUGUGGCCCCUUUUGCCGAUGUCCUCCGCAUUGUCGGAACCGUGUCGCACAGAAGGGGUUGAAAAGUAGGUUGGAAGUGUUUAGGUCUAGGGAAACUGGCUGGGGAGUUAGAUCCUUGGACCUUAUACAAGCCGGUGCUUUUAUAUGCGAAUAUACUGGUGUUAUCCUGACCAGGCAGCAAGCACAAAUUUUGACUAUGAAUGGUGAUGCAUUGAUAUAUCCUAAUCGGUUUACUGACAGGUGGGCAGAAUGGGGGGAUAUAUCUCUAAUAAAUUCCAAUUAUGUUCGCCCAUCAUUUCCGUCGAUACCUCCUUUAGAUUUUGCUUUGGAUGUGUCAAGAUUGAGGAAUGUAGCCUGCUACAUGAGUCAUAGUACAUCUCCGAAUGUGUUAGUUCAGUUUGUUCUGUAUGAUCACAAUAAUUUAAUGUUCCCUCACCUUAUGCUAUUUGCAAUGGAGAGCAUCCCGCCGAUGAGAGAGCUCAGCCUUGAUUAUGGGGUGACUGAUGACUGGACAGGCAAGCUUGCCAUAUGUAACUGAUUGAUAUUGAAAGUUUCAUGCACCUGUUAACAUGCUGAAGCUGAGUUUUUGGAAAUGCUCAGAGGUUUCAAUCUCACCAUGGUACAAGGAACUGUAGAAUUGGUUGCCUGCAAAUCUGUGACAACAACAACAUGAUGCCUGCUGUAUUUUGUUGCUUUAUCUAACUCAUUGGCAAGUGCUUGGUGUCUAUGCAAUGAGCAAGAUCAUGAAGUCGACUUCCUUAUGAUCGCAAAGUCUUCUGUUGUAAUGUUUUAUUCUCUUUUUUUUAUCUUCUUGUUGAUGCUUUUUUUUUGUUCAUUCCUUCUCUUGGGCAGAGCAGUUUCACACCUCAAUCCCCAUUUUUUGUGCAAGUCUUGCAGCUGUAGUCCACUCUUUUUUGGGUACUUACUUGAGCAAGUUGCGCAGCUGUAUUCGUCUGCUUUGUUUUUUGGGUACUUGUAAAUAAUGCAAGCUCCAAAGCCUGUACAGGGAUGAUAAUAGCAGUUGAGUUAUAGAUGAAUAUCAUGCAGCAUUUUGAUUGGUUAAAUUAGGCAUAUGGUUAUGUAAAGGAAUGAUCACUUUUGCUGUUUAUGACCUUUGUAUUUUAUGAUCAAAUCUGUAGUCUAUGCAUCAGGAGUUGAUCAUUGAUGAAAUGAUCAUGUUUGUUGUAGCUUAGAUGGUGCAUUAUGUUGUUGCAGAACCCUGCUACUGGGAAAACUGAUUUGCACUUUUGUAUGAUCAGGAUAAUUCUUAUUUAUGUACAGCAAUAGUGGGACAUGUUCUUGAGCAUGUUUCAGUAGUUCAGU